AUGAAUAGUGAUCAAUUCUCUAAAUUCUUGAAGAAUUAUGAUAAGAAGGAUAUCUUGAGAUACCUUAUUGAUUUGAAUGGCAGACUAAGUAAAUAUGAAUCAGAACCUGAAAUUGAUUUUAAUCUAUGUCUAGAGCAGUUAUCAGCGUUAGUUGAAAAAUUAAAAUUACCACAACCUUCUAAGGGCAAAUCAAAAGUAAAGGAAGUCAGUGAUGAAAGCGACAUUGAAAAUGUCGAAGACAAGCUUUCGUUGAAUGUUUACAAAUUGGUUUCGAAGAAUUUGAUACAAGUUCUUGCACAAUUGCCUACGAAAACAUACGAUUUUGCUAACACAUUACUUAACCAUUUGAAUUUGAAUGAAGCAGGAAGUUUGCCUUCAAUUGCCAAAGUCUCUAUAAUACUCCUUAUAGAUCUAUUUGAGACAUAUCCAAAUUCGUUGAACUCCUUGGUUAGCUUUUCUGUCAACCAAAUUUAUAAAAUCAUAAAAAAAUAUCCAGAUAUAAGUAGUAACUUGAUCUACUUGUUAAAUUCUAUCACUAAGAAUGCUACAAAGUUUGACAUUGAUGAGAAGUUACAGGCGAAGUUGUUAAAAAUUAUCAAUAAGAACAUAUAUUAUAAUAUUUCUUUUGAAUUACCGUUAGACUCUGCUCCCACGAAUAGCGAUACUUCCUCCACUGUUUUAUUAAAAAAAAAUUAUAUUUUGGUUUUAAAGAAUAUUCUUUUACUCUCAGUAUCAUCAAACUAUGAAAAUUUGCUUGCAUUAUCAACUUCGUCUUCGUCAGCAGGCUCAAAAUUAAAGCCCGAAGCAAUUAUGUCACAACAUCAAUUCCAAAUGAAUUUAUUGUCAACCAAUGAGAAGGUUUUUCGCUAUGGUCUUACGAAUUUCUGUAAGGAGGUUAGAAUUGCAACUGUUGAACUUCUAGCCCAUUUGUUUAUCAAUUUUAUUCCCACCGGAAAAUUCAAUCCGAUAGAAUAUUUGACUAAUGAAUAUACCUUGCCUCAUGUUAAUAGUUGGAAUGACUCAUUAACUUCUAUGACUAGCACUGAGAACGACAUAGCCAUUGUUGAUAUAAGGAAGGAAAAGAAUACUAUUUGGAACCAUGAUAGUGAAAAUAUCAUUAGGACAAAUACAGAUUUGUUAUUGCACCAAACAGGUAUAAUUGAAACUUUAAUAUUCUAUAUUCAAUUAGAGCAAUUUCAGAAUUCCGACUAUUUAUCAGGGAAUUUGGUCAAUAUUUUGGAUACCCUCUUGUCCAAAUUUGGAGAACUAAAUGAUAUAGAUAACCACAUUCAAAAUCAAUAUUGGAAUAAAUCUUUGCAGCAUUUCAAAUCGGUAUCAGAUUAUAUUAUUGACGAAAGCGGAUCUACGUGUCAUGAAAUACUAAUGGAGUACACAUAUUCUAAGUUCAAUUUAGAUGGGCUGUCGGAUAAUACUGAACAAUCCUCCGAAUCUGUAAAUACCAAAGCAUCCAAUAACCGAGACAAUAAAAGAGAAUCAAAGUUAUUUACUUUCAAGACGGGAAAGAAUAGUCUGAAGUUAAAGAAUAAAGAUGCAAGACAAAAAGAAAUUAUACCAUACCAAAACUCGUAUCAAUGCUAUUUAUUAUUGCACAUUAUAGAAAUAUUAUUACCAUUCGGAUUAGAUUUUAAUUCGAUUGUUCAAACAAAACAAGCUUUAUCAGAAAAUUCUUCAGAAACACAGGGUGUUGAUGGAGAAAGGGCAAAUGUCUCUAGAGAUGUCGAAGAAGAAGAAGAAGAAGACCAAGGAACCACUGAUAGUGAGAAAUCAUUUUUGAGAGACAUUAUCUUCAAAUUACUCAUCAAUAAGUGCACUGGAAUUAGAAUUUAUGCUUUGACAACAUUAUUGAAAUAUGCGUCCAAUAAUGAUGUCGAAACCAAUCAAUUGAUAUUGGAUUUGUACAAUUUGGUAAGUCAUGAAUAUAAAAAUUCUGAUAGUCAGCACGAAUCGAAUGUUGUGGGAAAUGCUGAUGAGCAUAAUUGUGGAUUAGUUGAUGUGAGGUUGAUGAGUUAUUCCUUAGCACUCCUGGCGUUGAUAAAGCAAACGGACUCAACAUUACUUCAAAAUUCGACUAUUGUGAGGAUUUUAAGUUUUUGCACUCAAAAUUUAAAGCAUAAUAGUCAUAACAAUGCUGUUAAAAAUUCUGCCUGUUGGACCAUUUUAUCUUCCUUGAUUACCUUCUAUAACGAUUCUGAAUUCGUUAAAUUAAAUUCUUCCCAAUUUUUGGUCUUCUGGAAGGGUUUGUUAACGUCUCAGUUUAUAAGUUCUUCUUUAAAUAACGACAGUCAAGAAGGACAACAACGUGAAGUUGUCGACAACCUCAAGUUGAGGAAUUCUAGUUUAAUAUGCUUAUUGAAUUAUUUGAACUCUGUUCAACUCACUCCAGAAUCGUUGAAGCAGUUACAGUUUUUAUUAACCAAGUCAUAUAAUUACUUGACCUAUCUAGAAAAUAAUAUUGAAGGAGUUGGUCCUAUUACAAAUUUUACAAGCCAAAACUUUAAUGAGAAUAAUUAUAAUCCAAUCAUGGUUAAUAAUAUUCAUUAUUCAAAUUACAAUGCCAACAGAAAGCUAUCUUUUGAACGUGUGAUGAUAAGUCUAAUCUUAUACAGCAAGAAAAUUUUGCUACAAAGUUUUAUCAAACUUGCUGCGUUAUUGAAAAAUGAUAUAAACUCAAACAUGGUAAUAUUUUUAGUCAAGCUAUUUAGUGAUUCUAAAAUAUUUUCUAGAUGUUUCCCUCCUGAACAUACUAAAGAGAAGCAAAAAUCCAGCGCUAAUAAAACGACGCAGACAAAAAUCAAUGACUAUGAUAAUGACAUGAUUAUUUUGGGUGAAGAUUACAAUUACUCUUUUGGUGUUUCUAGUAAAUUUCAAGGAUAUACUUCAAAUAUUGAUGAAUUAUUGAUUAAACUUAGUCUCGAAGACAGCAACGAAAAGAGCACGGCAACAAGCAUUUCUUACAAAGAUGCAUUCUCUAAAGGGAGACCUUCUCUGGGGUCCCCAAAAUCUAUGAUUGAGUCCCAUUUCGAAGAAGGGAACUAUGCAUGGUUUGAUUACUUUGAGAACGGUAUUUUACAGUCAGUGGAUCAUAAUGUAAUUUAUGAUCCAAAUAUCUACUUAGUCCAAGAUUAUUCUGUGAAUGAGCAAUUCUCAUCAAAUAUUAUAACAUCGCUCAUUGACCUUUCUAUUGAACUAUUCCAACUAGUUUUUCCCUAUUUAAGUUCAAAAAUUCAAUUUUCAUUAUUAGAACAAAUGAGGAAUUUUCUUACUGCAAAAUCUAUUGAUCCGUUGCGAUAUAAGGCAAUAUGCGUGAAUAUUUCUAUUGCGUUACAUGGAGUUUUGAGCAGCCUCACAAAGAAGAAACAAAACUUAGAUCGAGAGAUUUUAAAUGUUUUACUUGACAUAUUAGAGAAAUUUGAAACGAAUAAUAUGGAGCUCAUGUAUAUUAAUUGCGAUUCUGUUGGGAUGGCAUGUGGUGUUCUUACUAAAGAUAGAGAAUUCACAAAUGAACAAAUAAACAAAUUUAUUAAUAAGAUUGUUAAUGAUAUUAAUCCAUAUCAAAGAGGUUCUUCUAUUUUAACUUUGUCCAGAAUACACCAAUACACACAUAUUGGCUUUACGGAUGUGUACAAUGUUGCAGUACAGUUACUUAAAGAUCCUAAUCCUAUUGUUUUGCAUUUUUCAUUAGAAGCAACAAAUAUUUUACUAGAAAAUAAUCUAGAUAAUCUUCAUUUAAUUCCUGAAGUUGUAACUAAUGUAUACAAUAUAUUUUUGAACGAUGAUUAUGGUUAUGAUCUUGAAAAUAAGCUUUUAAUUAAUUUGAAGUGUAAGUUUGGCUCAAUUGGAAUAGUCACUAAGAUAGUUAAACUAUGCGUAACUUCAUUGGGGCCUAAUUUACGCCAAAUAGCAAACGAUGAUAAAUUGAAAAUAAGGGACUUAAUUGUUACAUUAAGCAAUGGUGUUGGAUGCGUUACAAUAUCUGAUUAUCUUGAAGUUUUCGAAAACCUCCUUAAGAUAUUCCCAGAAUUAAUUAUUUUUGAUCCAAAAUUGAUUAAAGGAAGUCUCGAAUUUUUUACUAAUCUACUUGAUUUAAUUAUAUCUAAAAAUUUAAAAAUUGGAUUGGUUACAACGAAUCCUACUUCAUUGAAUAAAGAUAUGAUAUUUCCUUUUAAUUCUAGCUUCCUGUUGUUAAAAUCUGCUUUUGAAUGCUAUGUUGGGUUAAUAAAGAUAUAUGGUAGUGAAAUCCUAUCAAAAGAAACGGUAAAGAUUUUAUGGAUUGCAAUGAAUUUAAAACCAUGCGAGCAACUAAAACAAUUAAUCCGUCUUUGGAUGGAAUCAAGUCUAGAAAUGAAUUGGUUCAUGACUUUAAAUUCACUAUUCAAAUACUCAUCAAAGAAAUUAAUUGGCCCGUUUAUUGAAGUUAAUUAUCUGCAAAAGUUAUUACCUUUACAGCAAAGACAGAAAAAGAAAAAUAAGUCGGAUGUUGAUUUUAGGGACGAAGAAAUAGAAAAUAUUGUUGGGAAUGAUGAUGAAUCUUCUGACAAAAACGAGCCAAUUACGUGGGAAUUUAAAUUAUUUAUAUUUGAUUUAUUGAAUGAUUUAUUGGAGUAUUCUAAUAAAAACAGUCAACUUUUAGAACAGUUGACAAACAAGAUACAAGAUAUCAUCAAGUUAUCAUUCUUGGGCUCAUCCUCCCCAAUAACUUCUAUCAAGUUAGAAGGAGUUAGUUUGUUGGAUAAAGCGUUAAGAUUGUUCGGAGACUUUGCAGACCCGCUAUACCCUGGGGUUUCAAUUUUAGAGCAACAACAAGCUUUAAUUAUUAGUGCCUUAAUUCCCUGUUUUAAAGCAAAUAACAAUUCUAGGGUCAUUGUAAAUGCAAUAAACGUCUCAUCAAAGUUUAUUAAUUUGCCUCGAAUCAAAUUCUAUUCAAAGCAUAGAAUAUUAAAGACAUUGAUUUACUUGUUGGAAGAGAUAUCGUCUAGCAAGUUUUUAAGAUUUAGUUAUUUAGAGAACAUGUCUGAGUUUGGUAAAAAAACUAUACAGUUAUCUAUUUUAAAUUGUUGGGCAUUGUUGAAAAUUAAUGUCCUGGAAGACGAAGAAAUUGCAGAACCUGAAUUAGUGGAAACUCUCGACAAUUACUCAAUGCUUUUGAAUUCUUUAUGGAUUUUGGUCUUACGAGAGUAUUCUAUGUUGAAAUACAAUGAAACAGCUUCAAAGGAAUUGGAAAUCUAUGAGAGUUAUUGGUUAAAUCUAAUCAACGUUUUAAGUUCAGAAUUAGAGAAUGAUAAAUUUGUGGAUGAAUAUUUGUCUGGAGAUGCUCAAAAUUUCCUCUUCAUUUUGUUCAGUCAGUGCAUUGAAUCACUAAUUAAGAAUGAUAAUGUUUCUGAAAUAUUAAUUUCUUUGAAUAGGUUAGUCCAAAGUCCAUAUUUGAUUGACCUCAUAUUCAACGAUGAAAUUUUUGGUGAAGUUAUCAACCUCUUUGACAGAUUGAUAUUAAUAGAAGAUGAUACUGAAAUAAAGUGUAAAUUGAUUGACACUAUUAGCACUACUUUCCUAAGUUUUACAAAUAAGCAUAAAGAUUUAACAGAAAGUUUUGACAAGUUAUUUGAAUUGAUAAGGGUUUGUAUGCUUCCAUUGUUUGAUAUAAUACCAUUUUUGCGUACUGAUUACGAUCCAGGUAAUGAAUCAACUCAAUUACUCUUGAAACAUGCGGACAGCAGUGCUAAUUUAAUUUUAAUAAAGAACUGUUUGCAUAAGCUAGUGGAUAUGAUGUGUCGAUUCCCUGACAUUGUUAAGGCUGACCUUUAUUCUUGCUUAUUGUUCAUAUUCGCUAAAUUCUACGAGAACGGUAAUGAUCUAUUAAUUUCAACUGUUUUGCCCCACUUAAAGCAAAUUAUUUCUGAAUCAAAGACAUUUGAAAAUACUGACUUGGUCUCUUGCUUCAGUAAGAUUAUUCGUAAAUAUUAUAAGAUCGAUAAAGCAAAUGAUUACUCAGUAUUAACUACAAUGAUACUUAUCACAUCCGGUGAUAUCGAAUUGAACGAUGAAGAUUCGCAUGAGUUUAGCAGCACAUUGAUCGAAGUCUUAAAAUCACCAGAAUCAACUACGAUUGGUAUUCAAUGUACGAAAUCGUUGAUCCAGUAUUCAUCUCGACAUUCGAAAGACAGUCUUGUCAUGAAAUAUUUGAUAAGUGGCUUGAUCAGUCAUCUCGCAAAUAAUACACUGGAUUUGGAUCCAAAAAUUGUGUUAGAAAUUCUCUUCUUGUUUUCCAAAUCGUAUUCAUUUGAUGAAGCGAAAACAAUAUCUUUGUUCUCAUUAUUGAUACCUUUAUUGAUUAAAUUUAACAAAAUUAAUAAGGACAAUCUUGGCAAGGCUUAUUUACAUGAAAAAUUAUUAUCACUUAUACAGCAAAACACAGGAGCUUUUAAAUUUGUAAUUGAUAAUGCUUUGACAGAUGAACAAAAAAGAUUAACGGAGGAAUUGGUUAAACUUAGCACUAGCUCAGGUGAUCAGAAUUACAUCGGGGUUGAGGAUGGAUCAGAGAUUCAGUUAAAGACAUUUGGAAGUUAG